GAAAGAUCAUAAAUUAAAGACCUAUCUCGUAGACUUUAUUUUUGUCUCUUUCCAGAAACCAUAAAAGAAACUUUUCCAGCAGACCAAAAGAAAGAAGAAUCUCAUAGAAUCUUGAGCUUCUCGACAAUGGAGUCUUUGAAGAACAGAACAUUGCUUAAAGUCAUUUUCCUCGGAGAUAGCGGGGUAGGCAAAACUUCAUUGAUGAACCAAUACGUGUACAAGAAGUUUAACCGGCAAUAUAAGGCCACGAUCGGAGCAGAUUUUGUAACCAAGGAGCUUCAUAUUGAAGAUAAAUCUGUCACUUUACAAAUAUGGGAUACGGCCGGACAAGAGAGAUUUCACAGUCUAGGAGCCGCUUUCUAUAGAGGUGCUGAUUGUUGCGUUCUUGUCUACGAUGUGAACGAUCUCAAAUCUUUCGAAACUCUCAAUACUUGGCACUCUGAGUUCCUCAAACAGGCAAAUCCUAUGGAACCUGAGACGUUCCCUUUUGUUUUGAUUGGGAACAAAACCGAUGUAGAUGGCGGAAACAACCGAGUUGUUGCAGACAAGAGAGCCAUUGAAUGGUGUGGUGCAAAGGGAAACAUACCGUACUAUGAAACCUCUGCGAAGGAAGAUGUUAAUGUGGAUGAAGCUUUUUGGGGUGUUGCACAGAAAACUCUUUCCAGUGAACUUAAACAAAACAUAUAUAUCCCAGUUAUUUCUGAAUCUUUUGCAGACAUCCAUGAGGGGCAGUCAAGACGUUGUUCUUGCUGAUUCAUACUUAACAUAUCUGAUCAAUAAUAUCUACUCCAAAUUAACUCUUAUGUGUUCAAUAUUUUUAUUUAAUUAUAUGUCGGUUUACAUCAUGGUUUAUUAACGAAUAACUAAUACAUGCAACGACCUGAGUGUUGUGAUUAGUGUAGAAGUUUUUUAAAAUUAAAUUUCAAGUUUGUAUUUAUAAUUACAUUCAUACAAUACAAAUCAUUUGGUAUU